CAAUCAAAAGGUUGUAUUUUCCUAGCAACAAAUACCCCGGAUGCUGCUUAUGAAAAUGGUGGACAUAGCAAAGAAACCGAUUCGGAGUUAAGCAUGGAUCUAAAUAUUGUAUAACCAACUCAUUUUUAUAUAGUGUAGCUCAACGCUUAUUAACCGUUACUGAGGACACACCAAGAAUUGCGUUCAACUUUUAAAUUAUUGCUAGUGAACAGCUGAAAUGGCCAUGGAAAGGGCCAAGUAUGUUGAAACUCCAGUGCAGAGCUGCAGUAAGACCAGGGGAUUGCCUGGCUUGCCACCUCUUCCAACACAUUCCAAAGAACAAUCAGAUCUUUACAAGAUUGUUUUGCGGAACAGUGAGCAUCCACCAAUAAUGAAGGGUACAUCAUGGACUCUAGCUGCUCCAUUCAAAGAAGAGCGAUAUCAUCGGACGCCAAGUGAAUCUAUAGCUAAUAACUACACCCCGUCAGCGUGUGAUUUAAAGAUGAAAGAUCUUCCCAAACUGCAAAGACAAAAAACAAAAUACCUGGAGGAUCAGAUUUAUUCUGGUAUUUAUACCAAGAAAGAACUGCCACCUAUUGAUGAUGUAUUAAAGAAGAAAAGUCCAAGAAAAUCACCAAGAAGUCCCACAUUUAAUGGAACUGCCAAUGGUGUUAAUGGAACAAAUGGAGUGAAUGGCCAUGAUGUGUUACCAGACAUUGGAACAGAGAUACCACCAAGUAGACCAUUCACACCUAAUGAACAACUAGACAUAAUGAGAGCCUUCGAGGAUCAUGAAAUAACAGAAACAGGAGAACCAUCAAGCAGAGAUGAAGAAAGAUAUUACUAUUACAUACAGAAAGGUGUCAAGAGACAGAUGUUAGCUGCACCUCAUCCUGACACAAUGAAGAACAUCAGAUCUCUAGUCCCACCACCACUCCUUUCUAGUACCUCUCUAACACCUAUGGUACGGGAUCUUACAGAGGAAGUGCAGAAGGAUUAUGAGUUCAGUUUGAGAAAAACCAUUGUUGACUACAUUUUAAAAGAUCCAACAGAAAAAGAAAGACUGCACAUUGCUUGGACACCAAAACCUUUCCCUCACAGAGUCAUUAGAGCUCCAGUUCCAUGGCAUGAUAGCUAUAGAAUCAUGAAAGACACAAAUAGGAUGCAUCUGUUUAUUACAAAUCCUGUAAUGUUAAAACUGCAGGAUAUUUGGUUUGACCAAUUCAAUGAAUUGAGAUUUGUAAACCUGAAAGAACUAAAUGAAGCAGAUUUACCUUUAUUACCCUCAGAGUUUGAAUCGUUGGUUAAGAAACAAUGUUGGGAAGCACAUGAAGUUCUGAGGAAAAGCUGGAUUCCCAACUGUGCCAAGUUAUUUGUUGAACACAAUGAAUUAUGGGAAGAUCUUGUGCCUCCAGAUGAUGAUGACAAUACAGAACUUGUUGAGGAAUUCUUUGCCUGUGUUGCUGGUCUCAUGUCUAUACAACUGAGAGGAAUGGUCAUCAAUUCUCUCGCUGACUUCCUCAAAUUCUUUGCAACUCAUAAAGAAGGAAAUGAUUUUGAAGAACCAUUUGAUGAACUGAAAUACUUAGAGACAUCAAUGAUGAUAAUUAAACUGAAAAUAGAAGAACCUAAGAUUGUGUUUGAUCCUGCUUUCAAGGAAAUAAGAGACAUUAUACUUCGAUGUUUCUCUGAGAUUGUGGCUAGUGGGGACGGAUUAACAAGAGUUGAAUGUGAGUUGUUUCCAGAUAUGAGAAGUAAGAAGUUACUGUUGAGAACUGUCAAGAUUGAGGAAUCUUUAGUUGUAGAAUAUGUAGACAGAGCUAUGGAUAUAUUCAAAAAUAACACUGUUGGACCACAGAAGUAUUUGAACACAUACAAGAAGUAUGCUAACUUACUAAACAAUGAAGCAGAGCAAGAAGUUGCUGCUUUCCUCAGAGAAGAUCACUCAAUUGAAGCUUAUAAACAGAAAAUCAUAGCCUUUAACAAACUGCGAGAAGAAAUAGCUUUAUUGAGAAUAACAGUUCCACUGAGUAUGUUCUGUCUGGACUGUGUAGCAUUGAAUGAUGAUCUGUGUGGUAGAGCAGAAAGACUGAAGGAUAAACUGGUUACCAGACAAAUUGAUGAUAACAGGGACAUGAACAGAGCUUUGUGUGAGAAAUAUGACAAAAUGGCAGAUAAAGUAAAUGAAACACCUAAAACAACACAAGAACUUGUGGAAAUACAGGAAUACUUGAAAACUUCCCAGGAGGUGACAGUGUACAAGUUAAAGGAUGAUAUAGAGGAUGCCAAGGAUCGCCUCAUGUUCCUGUUGGAUUAUGCUAUUUAUCCAACUGAAGACCAGAAGUUGAACACACAUGUAUUCCACUGGCCAGAUCACAUUAAGAAUGUGUUUGAGAUAGCUCAGAAGAUUAUCCUUAGUAAGAGAGAUUCUAUUGAAGAUGAACUUAAGAGUAGGGUUGCCAAGUUUGAGGAGAAAUUGAAUGAUAUGAUGAAAGAAGUGGAAUCUUUCAAGAAGAAAGAAUUCCUCAGUGAAGAUGCCAUGAGAAACAACACUGAACAGUUGGCUGCACUAGAUACAAACUUAGUAGCAGCACGUGAUGAACUAGAGGGUAUCAAUGAUGAGGAGACUCUUCUAGAAUGGGAACAGAGUUUCUUCCCACAGUUACAGCAGAUGUUUACCAUGAAAGAACCAUAUGAGAAACUAUGGAAUACUGCCUAUUCCUUCCACCAGAAACAUGAGAAGUGGCUUAAUGGAGCAUUCCAGGAUUUGAAUGCUGAAGAAAUAGAGAAUGACGUUGGAGACAUGUGGAGACAGAUGUACAAGUUAACAAAGACAUUUAAUGAUCAAGCUGGACCACGUAGAAUAGCUGAUAAUGUCAGAGGGAAAAUUGACAAGUUUAAACAGCAUCUGCCCAUCUUAUCCACAAUCUGUAAUCCUGGUAUUAGGGAGAGACAUUGGCAGAGGAUGAGUGAUAUAGUAGGGACAGAUAUCAGACCAGUAGAUGGAACUUCCCUCAGUAAUAUGUUAGAGUAUGGUCUCACUAAAUUCCUGGCACAAUUGGAAGACAUAGGAGCAUCUGCAGCAAAGGAGUUCUCUCUAGAAAAAGCUUUGGAGAAGAUGAAGAUUGAAUGGAAAGACAUGGCCUUUGAGUUGAUUCCAUACAGAGAAACAGGAAUCAGUAUUAUGGCUGCCCCAGAUGACAUACAAGUACUGUUAGAUGAUCAUGUUGUGAAAGCUCAGACCAUGAGAGGUUCUCCAUUCAUUAAACCAUUUGAAGCUGAGAUGAAAGAAUGGGAAGAAAAGUUGGUACUGAUGCAAGACAUCCUGGAUGAAUGGCUCAAGUGUCAAGCCACAUGGUUGUAUUUGGAACCUAUCUUCAGUUCAGAGGACAUUUUAGCUCAGAUGCCUGAGGAGGGUCGUAAGUUUGGCAUUGUAGAUAGUGUAUGGAGAGACAUCAUGACUGAGGCCAUCAAAGAUCCUAACUGUCUGGUAGCUACAUCUCAGAAUAACAUGUUGGGACGUCUGAGAGAUGCUAACAAUCUAUUAGAUGAAAUCCAGAAAGGAUUGAAUGCAUAUCUAGAGAAAAAGAGAUUGUAUUUUCCAAGAUUUUUCUUCUUGUCAAACGAUGAGUUAUUAGAAAUCUUGUCUGAGACAAAAGAUCCAAUGCGUGUGCAGCCUCAUUUGAAGAAAUGUUUUGAGGGUAUCAGUAAACUGGAAUUCACAGAAAACCAGGAAAUUGUAGGCAUGGUCUCAGCAGAAAAAGAAACUGUACCUUUCUCAACAAAGAUCAUACCUGCAAAAGCAAAUGGUAUGGUAGAGAAAUGGUUGUUACAAGUAGAAGAUGUAAUGAUGAGCAGUUUACGUAAAGUUAUAAUGGACUCUAACGCUGCCUACAGUACAACACCUCGUAAUCAAUGGGUAGUGGACUGGCCUGGUCAAGUUGCCAUCUGUGUAGGCUCUAUAUGGUGGACAUCAGAAGUAACAGAAUCAAUGAAGGAACCAGAUGGAGUAAAGAAAUACCAUUUAAAGUGUAAUGGCCAGAUCGACCAGAUUGUCCAAUUGGUGAGAGGUAAACUAGAUGCUGGAAUAAGAGUAACCCUUGGAGCUUUGACUGUAAUUGAUGUACAUGCUCGUGAUGUUGUUGCCCAGAUGGCCAAAGACAAUGUAUGCAGUCCCUUUGAUUUUGAUUGGCUAGCUCAGUUACGUUAUUACUGGGAAGAUGAUGUGAUUGUUAGAAUGAUAACCACAGAUAUCAAAUAUGGUUAUGAGUAUCUUGGUAACUCAGGACGUUUGGUCAUUACACCACUGACAGACAGAUGUUACAGAACAUUAAUGGGAGCUUUGAAAUUAUUCCUUGGUGGAGCCCCUGAAGGUCCAGCCGGUACAGGGAAGACAGAGACUUGUAAAGAUUUAGCCAAAGCUGUUGCUAAACAGUGUGUGGUAUUUAACUGUUCAGAUGGUUUGGAUUACAAGGCCAUGGGUAAAUUCUUCAAAGGUUUAGCCCAGGCCGGUGCAUGGGCAUGUUUUGAUGAGUUUAAUCGUAUAGAGUUGGAAGUAUUGUCUGUUGUGGCCCAACAAAUUCUAAGUAUCCAACAGGCUGUAGCAGCAGGACUAAAGAGAUUUAUAUUUGAAGGGACAGAAUUAGCUCUUAAUCCUUCCUGUACAUGUUUUAUUACCAUGAACCCUGGUUAUGCUGGCCGACAGGAAUUACCUGAUAACCUUAAGGUGUUAUUCAGAACAGUAGCUAUGAUGGUGCCAGACUAUGGUAUGAUUGGAGAGAUCUCAUUGUACUCUAUGGGAUUUGUAGAUGCAAGAAGUUUGGCAAACAAAAUUGUCGCAGUAUACACAUUGUGUUCUGAACAAUUGUCAUCACAGCACCAUUAUGAUUAUGGAAUGAGAGCUGUCAAAUCAGUAUUGACUGCUGCUGGUAACCUGAAACUGAAGUACUUAGAAGAAGAGGAACCAGUCCUUCUUCUGAAAGCCAUCAUGGAUGUCAAUCUUCCUAAAUUCUUAGCACAGGAUGUACCUCUGUUUGAGGGUAUUAUUUCUGAUCUGUUCCCUGGUGUGGAAUGCCCUAAGCCUGAUUAUGGUUUAUUCAUGGAGGCACUUAAAGACAAUACAGUAAAGAGGCAUCUACAACCACAUCCAUGGUUCUUGGAUAAAAUUAUUCAGGUAUAUGAGAUGAUUUUGGUACGACAUGGUUUGAUGAUAGUAGGAGAACCAUUAGGUGGUAAAACACAGGGAUGGCAAGUGUUAGCUGAUGCCCUCUCAGAUCUACAUGCUUCAGGACUCUACCCUGAGUCUAAGACAAUAUACAGAAUAAUCAACCCUAAAGCUAUCACCAUGGGCCAGCUGUAUGGAUGUUUUGAUCCAGUAUCUCAUGAAUGGACUGAUGGUGUACUUGCUAAUACAUUCAGAGAAUAUGCCAGUAAUCCAAAUGAAGACAGGAAGUGGAUUCUAUUUGAUGGACCUGUGGAUGCUGUGUGGAUAGAAAACAUGAACACUGUAUUGGAUGAUAACAAAAAGCUAUGUUUGAUGAGUGGUGAAAUUAUUCAGAUGUCUAAUGUCAUGAACCUGAUAUUUGAGCCUGCUGAUUUAGAACAGGCUUCCCCUGCUACCGUCAGUCGAUGUGGUAUGAUCUACUUAGAACCCCACCAGCUGGGCUGGAGACCAUUCAAAGAAUCGUAUAUGAUGUAUGAACUUCCCCAUAACUUAUCACAGGAAGAUAAAGACCUAGUGAAUGACUUGUUUGAGUGGUUAAUUGACCCAUGUUUAUACUUUAUUCAUAAGAAAUGUAAAGUGUUUAUGACGACAUCAGACAUGCAUCUGGUUCAGUCUUUGAUGAGGCUGUAUACAUGUCUAUUGGACGAGAUUAAAGAUACAUGUGUUAAAAUGGAGAAAAGUGACGAACAAGAAGAACAAACAGAUAUACUUACAAAACAACAGAUAACAUUAUGGUUACAAGGAUUGUUUUUGUUCUCCUUGAUCUGGACUGUAGGAGGAACUAUUGCUGAUGAUGGACGUAAACUGUUUGAUACGUUCUUCAGAAAUAUUGUCAGUGGUGUAGAUCCUGAUCAUCCCAAACCAAAGUCAAUCAAAAUAACCAAGAGUAACAUGAUUCCAGAGAGAUCCUCAAUAUACGAUUUCUGCUUUGAGAAGAAAGCCAGUGGUAACUGGAUUGAAUGGAUGGACACAUUAGAUAAAAAUAAACUGAUAAUUCCAAAGGAUGCUAAGAUUAAUGAAGUAAUUAUACAGACUACAGACACAGCUAGACAAGCUUUCUUCCUGACUACAUACCUUCCACAUUCACAGCCCAUGUUGUUUGUUGGGCCCACUGGUACAGGAAAAUCUGCUAUUACAAAUGGCUUCCUUCUAGAUCUACCUAAAGAUUUGUAUAUGCCAAAUUGUAUCAAUUUCUCAGCCAGAACAUCAGCCAAUCAGACACAAGAUAUUGUAAUGGCUAAACUUGACAGGAGAAGAAAAGGAGUGUUUGGUCCACCAAUGGGAAAGAAAUCUGUCACGUUUGUUGAUGACCUGAACAUGCCAGCUAAAGAGAAGUACGGAGCUCAGCCUCCUAUAGAAUUAUUGAGGCAGUGGCUAGAUCAUGGACAUUGGUAUGACAGAAAAGAUACAACUAAAGUUUUCCUAACAGACGUGCUACUUGUAGCAGCUAUGGGUCCACCUGGUGGAGGUAGGAACGAUAUUACAAGUCGUUUUACCAGACAUUUGAAUGUUGUAUCGAUAAAUGAGUUCGAUGAUUCAACAAUGACCAGAAUCUUCACAUCAAUUACAGAUUGGCAUUUUGCCAAUUUUGAAGGAUCAUUUGUAAGGAAUGGAAAGCUAUUGGUAGCUGCCACAAUGGGAGUAUACAAGGAAGCUGUUUUAAAUUUCCUUCCAACUCCAGCUAAGAGUCAUUACGUGUUCAAUUUAAGAGACUUUGCUCGUGUAAUUAGAGGUGUAUUGCUAGUUCCAUCAACCCAUUUACAGGAAGCAGAUAAACUAAUGCGUUUGUGGGUGCAUGAAGUUUACAGAGUAUUCUAUGAUCGUCUUAUUGAUCAUGAAGACAGGGAAAUGUUUUUCAAGAUAGUUAAGGAACAAUGUUCAAAUAGUUUUAAGAUGAACAUAGAUAAAAUCCUUGGACAUUUAUCAGCUAGCGGAACUGUUGUAGAUGAAAACAUUCGUAGUUUGUUCUUUGGAGAUUACAUGAUUGCUGAAAAUAAAGUGUACGAUGAAGUUACAGACUUAAAACAAUUAACAGAAGUCAUAGAAAACUAUUUAGAUGAAUACAACAUGAUCAGUAAGGCACCAAUGAGACUAGUUAUGUUUAAGUUUGCCAUUGAACACAUAUCUCGUGUCUGCAGAGUACUACUUCAGGAUAAUGGUCACAUGUUACUUGUUGGUAUUGGUGGUAGUGGACGACAGAGUGCUGUAAAACUGGCCACUUUUAUGGCAGACUUUGAUAUGUUCAUGAUAGAAAUUACAAAGAAUUAUACUACUACAGAAUGGAGAGAAGAUAUCAAGAAACUUCUUAUAAAAGCUGGAGCAGAUGGUAAACCAAUGGUAUUUUUGUUUGCUGAUACUCAAAUUAAAGAUGAAUCUUUUAUGGAGGAUAUUAGUAUGAUAUUAAACACUGGUGAUGUUCCUAAUAUCUUUGCCUCAGAUGAGAAAGCUGAAUUAAUAGAGAAAAUGCAGGCUGUUGCUAGACAAGAGGAAAUUACUGCAGCUGCCAAAGCUAAGGAGGCCAAAGAGACUGGCCAAACAGCUCCUCCAGAAGACAAGGGUAAAAAGAUGGAUGCCACCCCCUUAGCUAUGUACAACUAUUUUAUUGAACGUGUGAAAAAGAACCUUCACAUAGUGUUAGCCAUGAGUCCUAUUGGAGAUGCCUUCAGGAAUCGUCUCAGGAUGUUCCCCUCACUGAUUAACUGCUGUACUAUAGAUUGGUUCCAGACAUGGCCACCAGAUGCUUUGGAGAUGGUAGCUAAUAAAUUCUUAGAAGAAGUUGAUUUGGAUGAUUCUAUAAGGAAAGAGAGUGUGGUUAUGUGCAAAAUGUUCCAUGAGAGUGUCAGAGAACUUUCUGUCAGCUUUAUGGACCAACUAAGAAGACAUAAUUAUGUGACACCAACCUCAUAUUUAGAACUGAUUAUGACAUUCAAGUCUCUGUUGGGUGUCAAACGUGAUGAAAUUCUUACCCUGAGGAAUAGAUAUUUGGUUGGUCUUGAGAAACUUGAUUUUGCUGCAUCACAGGUCUCCAUUAUGCAGGCAGAACUUAAGGCCUUACAACCAGAGCUCAUUAAAACGUCUGCCGAGACAGAGAAGUUGAUGAUCAAAAUAGAACAGGAUACUGUGGAAGUGGAAGCAAAGAAAGAAGUGGUAGCUGCUGAUGAAGCUGUGGCUAAUGCUGCCGCUGCUGCAGCUCAGGCUAUCAAAGAUGAAUGUGAAAGUGAACUGGCUGAGGCUAUCCCAGCUCUUGAGGCUGCAAUCCAAGCCUUAAACACUCUAAAACCAGCUGAUAUUACAUUAGUCAAAUCCAUGAAGAAUCCCCCAGCACCUGUACGACUAGUUAUGGAAUCAGUAUGUGUAAUGAUGAAUGCCAAGUCGGAGAGAAAACCAGAUCCAACUGGUACAGGAAAGAUGGUGGAAGAUUAUUGGGGACCUUCUCAGAAACUUCUGGCAGAUUUUAAGUUCCUGGAUAGACUGAAGUCAUAUGAUAAAGACAAUAUUGCUCCAGCUAUUAUCAAAAAGAUAAGAGAAAAAUACAUAACAAACCCUGAUUUUGACCCUAUAUUAAUUAAGAAUGCAUCAACAGCUUGUGAAGGUCUGUGUAGAUGGGUAAAAGCUAUGGAUAUUUAUGACAAAGUUGCCAAAGUUGUAGCUCCAAAGAAACUUAAGUUGGCAGAGGCUGAAUCAGAAUUGGCUGUUCAGAUGGAAAAACUUAAUGCUAAAAGAGCACAGCUCAAAGAGGUAACAGAUAGAUUACAAGCAUUGAAUGAUGAAUUUGAAGCUAUGACACAAAAGAAGAAAGAAUUAGAGACCAAUAUUGAUAUUUGUGAGAAGAAACUUGACAGAGCAGAGAAACUAAUAGGAGGAUUGGGUGGAGAGAAAGACAGAUGGACAGAGGCUGCCAGAUUAUUGGGAGAUAGAUAUAUUAACAUCACUGGUGAUGUCCUUCUGUCAUCUGGUUUGGUGGCAUAUCUUGGAGCUUUCACUGUGGAUUAUAGACAGGAAAUAAUUGCCAAGUGGCACAAAGCUUCAAUUGAGCGUAACAUUCCUUGUUCUGAGAACUUUUCACUGAAUGCUACUCUUGGUGAACCUGUAAAGAUUCGAUCCUGGAAUAUAGCUGGACUUCCUGUAGAUACCUUCAGUGUUGACAAUGGUAUUAUUGUAUCCAAGUCCAGAAGAUGGCCAUUGAUGAUUGAUCCACAAGGACAAGCCAAUAAAUGGAUAAAGAAUAUGGAGAGAGAAAACAAACUUGGAGUAAUUAAACUUUCUGAUGCUAAUUACCUGAGAACUCUUGAGAAUUCUAUACAGUUUGGUACACCUGUACUACUGGAGAAUGUGGGAGAGGAACUGGAUCCUAUACUGGAACCUAUCUUACAGAAACUAACAUUCAGACAACAGGGUGUAGAUUAUAUACGUCUGGGAGACAAUGUUAUUGAAUAUUCUAAAGACUUUAAACUGUAUAUUACAACUAGAUUCAGAAAUCCACAUUACUUACCAGAGAUAUCUGUCAAGGUAUGUUUGGUUAACUUCAUGAUCACACCCCAAGGAUUAGAAGACCAGUUGUUAGGUAUUGUAGCUGCUAAAGAGAAACCUGAAUUGGAAGAGAAGAAAAAUCAACUCAUCAUAGAAAGUGCUUCAAAUAAGAAACAACUCAAGGAAAUUGAAGAUAAAAUUCUUGAAGUUUUAUCAUCAUCAGAGGGUAAUAUUCUAGAAGAUGAGACCGCCAUCAAGAUUUUAUCUUCUUCUAAAGUUCUGUCGGAAGAAAUUUCUGCUAAACAAGAAAUAGCAGCUGAGACAGAGAAAGAGAUUGAUGAAACAAGGAACGGAUACAAACCUGUGGCCAUCCAUUCGUCUAUUUUAUUCUUCUGUAUCUCAGAUCUAGCCAACAUAGAACCUAUGUACCAGUAUUCAUUGACUUGGUUUAUUAAUCUGUACCUUCAGUCUAUAAUGAACAGCAGUCCAUCCAAAGUACUGGAAGAAAGAAUAUUUAACCUGAAUGAUCAUUUCACAAACAGUAUCUACAGGAAUGUCUGUCGGUCAUUAUUUGAAAAAGACAAGCUGUUGUUUUCAUUCCUGUUAUGUAUUGGUAUAUUGAAGGGAAUGAGUAAUCCUGAAGUAAAUAAGGGUCGAGUGGAUGAUACAAUCUGGCGUUUCCUGUUAACAGGAGGUGUGGCUCUAGAAAAUCCCCAUACCAAUCCAGCUCCAGUAUGGUUGAGUGACAAGGCAUGGGGGGAAAUUGUGAGAGCUUCUUCGCUUCCUAAUCACAAAGGAUUCUUCAAACAUGUUAUGGACAACAUUGGUCAAUGGAAGCCGCUGUAUGAUUCCUCCACACCUCAGGAAUUUAAGUUACCGAGUCCAUUCAACGUUCUGACAGGACUGGAUAAGAUGAUAGUGUUACGUUGUUUCAGACCAGAUAAAAUAGUUCCAGCUGUACAGGAUUUUAUCACAGAUAACUUAGGACAAUCAUAUAUUGAACCACCAACCUUUGACCUGGGUGGAUCAUUUGUUGAUUCUUAUAAUUGUUCUCCAUUAAUUUUUGUUCUUUCCCCUGGUGCUGAUCCUAUGAUGGCAUUGUUGAAGUUUGGAGAGGACCGAGGCUUCACCCAGUCAGGAGGAACUAUACAGACUAUAUCCCUUGGACAAGGACAGGGUCCCAUAGCCUCCAAGAUGAUAGACAAGGCCAUUAAAGAUGGAACAUGGGUGGUGUUACAGAAUUGUCAUUUAGCUACAAGUUGGAUGCCUGCUCUAGAGAAGAUUUGCGAAGAAGUCAUUAGACCAGAAAAUACACAUGAAAACUUCAGACUCUGGCUCACCAGUUAUCCCUCAGAUCAAUUCCCUGUUUCCAUUCUACAAAAUGGUGUAAAGAUGACAAAUGAACCUCCAAAGGGUAUGAAAAAUAAUCUGUUGCGAUCAUACAUGAAUGACCCGAUUUCUGAUGCUAAUUACUUUGAUGGAUGUAAUAAACCUGAAAAGUUCCACAAGAUGUUGUUUGGUUUGAGCUUCUUUCAUGCCUUGGUACAGGAGAGAAGAAAGUUUGGACCCCUUGGCUGGAAUAUUCCUUAUGAGUUCAAUGAAUCAGAUUUACGUAUCAGCUUGAGACAGAUGUUGAUGUUUCUGAAUGACUAUGACGAGUUACCUUUACCUGCUUUGUCUUACCUGACUGGUGAAUGUAAUUAUGGUGGGCGUGUCACAGAUGAUAAAGACAGACGUCUACUCAUGUCUCUAUUGGCCAUUACUUUUGUAGAAGAUAUUGUUACUGAUACAAAUUAUAAAUUUUCUGACAGUGGAUUAUAUUUUGCCCCUCCAGAUGGUCCUCAUUCAAGUUUUGUAGAUUAUAUUAAAACUUUACCUUUAAAUGCCUCACCAGAAGUAUUUGGUCUCCAUGAGAAUGCAGAUAUCACUAAGGAUAACAAAGAAACAAAUUUGUUGUUUGAGAACAUUCUGCUGACCUUACCAAGACAGUCAGGAGGAGGAGGAAAGUCAACCUCAGACGUCAUUAAAGACUUAGCCAUGGAUAUCCUUAGUAAACUGCCCCCGUUGUUUGAUAUGGAUAUGGUUAUAAAGAAAUACCCUGUAGUGUAUAAUGAAUCUAUGAACACUGUGUUACGUCAGGAAUUAAUCCGAUUCAACAGACUGACACAUGUUGUCCGUGUUUCACUGGUCAACCUACAGAAAGCUAUAAAAGGUUUAGUGGUGAUGUCCUCAGAUUUAGAGGAAGUGUUUGACAGUAUGCUGAAUGGAAAAGUACCAGCAGUAUGGGCUUCUAAGUCCUAUCCAUCACUCAAACCACUGGGCAGUUACAUUAAUGACCUGCUGGCUAGACUAAAGUUUUUGACAGACUGGAUAGAUAAUGGUUCUCCUGCAACAUUCUGGCUAUCUGGGUUCUACUUUACUCAGUCAUUUUUAACAGGUGUAUCUCAGAAUUAUGCCAGGAAGUAUACAAUCCCAAUUGAUACAAUCGGUUUUGAAUUUGAAAUAGUCCUAGAAGGUGAUGUAGAUACAAGUUGUAAGCCUGAGGAUGGAGCUUAUGUUUAUGGUUUAUUCAUUGAAGGAGCCAGAUUUAAAAAAGAAACAAGAAACCUGGGAGAGUCUUUACCAAAGAUCUUAUUUGAAACUCUGCCAAUUAUAUGGAUGAGACCUAAUGAAAAAUCUAAGUUUACUCUUACUCCUCAUUAUAAUUGUCCAGUAUACAAGACAACAGCUAGAAGAGGAUUGCUGUCCACUACUGGUCAUUCUACCAACUUUGUUAUGAUGCUGAAGUUACCAUCUGACAUGCCACAGAAACAUUGGAUUAAUAGAGGUGUAGCUGGCUUAUGUCAGCUCGAUGACUAAAUUAUGCUGUGGCAUUUUUGUGGCAUCAUAUGUGACUUGUUGUUGAUACAAUUCCGUCCAAUAUGGAUCAAUUGUGAUAUUUUAUUAUUUAGAUGUGUGAUAUAUUCAUCUGCUGAAGAAAAAAAAAUCAAAGUUAUUUUUGCUGCUGAAAGAGUAUUUAUACAAAUAACAUAUUUUUCAGAACAUAUAUAUUUUUGUGAUCUUUUUCCACAAAGUAAAUUUCGAAAACUGCUGAUUUGAACAUAUUUUUGUGUAAUGGUGCAUUUAUUUGUACAUUGUGAUUGUUUUAUUUCAUUAUUUUAUUUUCCAUAUGUUUGUAAUGUUAAUAGUCAAGAUCUAUACAUGUAUGUAGGAACUUGUAAUGUUAAUAGUCCUGAUCUCCUAGACAUAGGACCAGUACAUCAAGAGUACAGGGUGUGCUAGUUUAGUAUUGUCAGCAUUAGUUGCCAAAUUGGAAGUCAUGAAUUAUUUACAGGGUUAGAGUUAUUCCAUCCACUUUCUUUGUUGACUAAGGUUUACUUAUUGUAAACAACAUUUUACACAGGAGUGUCCAAUCAUCCGUCUGUGAUAUCUAUUUUUGUGCUAUUUUUACUGUUUGAACAUUCCAGUCAUAUUUAUUUUUAGUUUAAUUUGUAAAUAAAGUGUUGCACAGAUUUGUGCAUAGUUUUGCUGUAAACAUUGAGAGAUGAAUGGAGUUAUACACUAUAACGUGGAUGCACAAUUAAGAUCGUGUGUAGAAUAGCGUACAGUCAUGCUUUACUUAGACAGCUGUACAUAAGUAUAUUGAUCCCCCUAUAUCUUGUAAUCUGUGAUAGUUAUUUUACACUUGUUUUAUUACAUAAAUUAUUUUAAUAUAAAUAGUUAUUCCGUCCAUAUGAACUAAUGACCUCGAAUGUCUUAAAAAUUAAUUUGAAAUAAUUAUCAAUAUCUCGUUAAAGAAAUUUUAUUUUUUACUUGGAAGUACUGCUGAUUAAAAAGAUGUCUGCUGAAAUUUCUGCAUUAUUUGCCAAAAAUCUGUACAGAGGAUAAAUUUGUUUGAGAAAGAGGUGCAAUUUUCCAAAACAGUGAUUUAUUUCAUUUGAGCAAAAAGGCAACAAGAGAAUGAAUGAAUGAGACACAAUUUAUCCUUUGUACAUGAUUAUUGUUUUUGUUGUGCCAAUUAAGUUUACAAAAUAAUAUUUUGUUUGUCUAAUCCUUCAUAUCGUGAAAUAAACCAUAUUUGUGAAAA